CCACUGGCGUGUCCUAUAAGAAGCGGUGCGAGCCGGCGGCAGCACAGCGGCAGCCUCCUGCACCUCACAUGGAGCUGAACGGCGCCGCGCAGCAGCUGUUUCACUGAAGAUGGAUGCCAACAUUGUUGUCAUGGGGAAAGAGAGCGUGGGCAAAUCAGCUCUGACUGUGCGCCUCUUGACUCGGAGGUUCAUCGGAGAGUACGGAGAUAUUCAAUCCAUCUACAGCCACAGUUUCAUGGUAGAUGGGAGGGAAAUCACUCUCAACAUCUGGGAUUCACCUUAUUCUGAGGAUUUGUCUGUGGAGACGUCACUCUUUGAGAAGAAGGUCCAGUGGGCAGACGGCUACGUUCUCGUCUACAGCAUCUGUGACAGGGCCAGUUUCAACGCUGUCAGCAGGCUCAUUCAGGCCAUCAAGUACCUGAACAAAGCACCCAUAGUGAUUGUGGGCAACAAGAGGGACCUGCACCACAGGCGGACGGUGCUGAGCGAGGAGGGCUGGCUGCUGGCUCUCAAAACAGACUGCCACUUCUAUGAGGUGUCGGCAGCCGAGAACUACCACAGCGUGCUCAUGGUGUUUCAUGGACUGGUGGACAGGAUGAAGGACACCAAGCUGAGCACAAAGAGGCCCCUGGGGUUCAAGGGCAUAGUGAAAAGCAUGUCUGCGGUUUUCGCCAGGAGACGGACGGACUCCUUUUAGUGAAACCACAACAGAAAAUGAGGGAGAUCUUUCAUAAAUCUGCAUAAGAGAGGUUACACAUUGUGUCUUUUUGACUGGAUGGUGACAAUGAAGUCCUCUGAGGCAGAGACGCUGCAGAGGCGGCAGCUGCGUUUGACUUUAAAUUGUGGAAACACUCCAGAGAAGAACAAAAGCUUCGGAAAACACGGAGACCGAACAACGUCACAGAAAUUGCGGAUGUUUUUUGGUGACAGGAUGCGAGUUUAGCUGCACAUCAAGCUACAUAAGACUGGUGAAAUGACAGUCUCAUACAUUAUGCAGAUACUUGACAUGUAACAUACUGUAGUGAGCAACAAGGUAUGCAAUAUGUUUAAGCUACAUAUACCAGCUGUGGCUUCAGAUCGCAGGAAGUUCUAUGCACAAAUUAAAUGUGCCUUUACUUACAGUGAUGGCCAAAGAUAUUGUAUCAAGAUUAAAGAAAACUCUUGAGUUCACAAGUGAAAUUUUUGUACUGCUGGAGGGGGAAAAAAACUGACUGAAAGUGUCCUGCUCUGUUGUGUAAUUAAUCCUUGAAAGUAAAACAUACAUAUUUGUAUUUAUUCGAGUUUAAACAAUGUAAAGCAAAAAAAAAAAAAAAACAACCUGAAAAAAUGGAAGUGUUUUAUAUAUUUAUGAGCCCUGUAAAGUUUAAUUCAUUGAUUAUGGGUCAAGUGUUGGAAUGUAUUGUUUGUCUUAAAUAAAGCAUAAAAUGUUGACAAA